AUGGCCGACGUGCCGCGCAUGCGUAUUGGAGUGUGUUCCUGCCCCGGCGCUUCCCCACCGACCAACGGCUGGAAGGUGCCCGUAGGCCUCAUCCUGUCCCCGGCGCAGCUUCAGCCCUACGCGGUGCUGCAGCCGGGCACCGGCCGGAGGAUGCACAGCUACCUAGAACAUCUUUGGCUGUUCAGAGAUGCAGAAACAGAUGAUGGACUUCUUGUCAAUCAGACAGAAAUGUUUGUGCCUACUCACAAUAUAAAUGGCCAGCCUGUGUUUGCAAAUAUCACACUUCCAGUGUUCAGUCUAAAAGAGAGAUGUCUUCAGGUUGUUCGCAGUCUGGUAAAACCAGUGGACUACAGGAAAUUGGAUAUUGUUCAGUCAUUAUAUGAAGACCUGGAAAAUCAUCCCAAGAUUGAGAAGGAUCUUCAACGGCUGUCUCUGGAAAGAAGCAAAAUAAGGAAUGAAGCUCCUGAUUUAAAAUGAACAUCAUUCAUUCCAGACUCCUGUGUGCAGAAGAAGAUACCACUGUGAAACUACUGUGUGUAAGCGGUAUUAACCACGUUGAAACACAUUUCAGGAGCUGAGUAGGUGUCAGGAUUUCAUGCUCUGAAAGGUGCUUGCUCUCAUUUGGUUUCAAUACACAAAACUUAUUAGGAUGGCAAGAGCCAGAUUCAAGAGAUCAAAUAGUAUGCAACAAACACCAAGUUUAUGAUGUUUCAAUUUAAACAUAGGAGACUCAAUUGUGUGCAGUUAAACUUAUGCGGUUCUGUUGACAUCAGUGGCCUUGUAGGAUGGAACUGAGGACAGAAUCUUGCUCUUGGACUUUUUCAGAACAACUGUAACAAUGCAUUUCUGAUAUAGUGGUAUAACAUUGACUUACCCAUGAUCAUUUUCUUGGGGGGAGUGGUGAUUAUAAAUACAGACAAUGUCCUUAUCAUUAGCGAGGAUGUCACAUCAAAGAAAAAUUUGAAUUAGUUUGAAGACUGUAGUUACCUAAAUGGAACUUGCAUAAGUGUGUAUAACUCCAUUGACUUCAGGGAAUUUUACCCCUUUACGCCAAGAUAAAAUUUGCUCCCUGGUUCAGAUCAUACAGGUGUAACACUAGGGGAUGUAGAAUGGUUGUGGAUGGGGUAGCCUGAUCCAAAGCUCACUAAAAUAAAUGGAAAGUCUGUGUGCAUAGGCAAAAAGAGUUUUCUUCCCCUUCUCCCUGCUUUUGUGUAUCUGCAUCAGGGUUAUCACAAUAAAGGGUUUAACACUUAGGUUAAAACGCUUUUUAAAAAGUGUCUGGAUGUUUUUACUUGUUGCUGGACCUUUUUAUUAAUUUACAUGUAACACUGCCAUGCAUCACUUUUAGUUGAUAUGUCCUGGUUUGUGGAAAGCUUCCUUCUGAUACUGAGUUUUUAAGGUUGGAGGGCUGUUUGAAGGCCAGAAGAAGACACAUACUAGGACAUGCCAGCUCCAAGCAGCACCAUACCCUGCCAAAACAACAGAUGCAAAAUUUGCAGAUGAGUAUUGACCCCAUGAAUGUGCUGGGGCUAGAGCACCCAGAGGGAAAAAUUAGCAGGUGCUCAGCACCAAUCAGCAGCCAAGUUCCUCUCUUACCCCCCUCCCCCCCCCCAGCACCUCUUACCAGCUGGCCACCUCAAACUCCUCUCACUUCCCUUUUUCCACUGCCUCAGCCUGCUGUGAACAGUUGUUUCAUGGUGGUCAGGAUGCUCUGGGAGGGAGGGGAAAGAGCAGGGAUCAGACAUGUUCAGAGGAGGGGGCUUGAGGAAAGGUAUGGAAUGGGGGGGAGAGCACUUGCAUUCAUAAUUCAGCUAGAUACUAAAACCCUGGAGUUAACACCAACAGGUUUUGUGGCUCAUUACAACAAUUUGUAAUACAGCUUACUGCUUGUUAACCUUAAUUGCCCAAGUGGUCAGCUGUAGCACGUAUGAACCUUUAUGCUUAACAAUCUGUCCCAGCUUGUAUUUAGCUCGGGCACUCUGCUUGACACCCAAGAGAAAGUUCUGUGCAGCUCAAAAGUUUGUCAUUUCAACCAGCAGAAUUUGAUCAAAUACAAAAAGUUACCUUUGUCAUUCUUAUCACCAGUUAACUGGCAGCGUGGAUGUGGGGCUUCUCCAGCCUGGCUGGAUCUGCCAUGCUGUGCCACACUGGGGCCACCCACCUGUGGGAUCCUGUUUAAUUGGCUAACCAGUUAAAUGUAACAGUUAACUAGUCAACAGAAUAAACAAGAUUUUACAUCCCUAGGAUGAACACUGAUACAAGGGUGCAAAUAACAUAUGUGUAGGAAUUUACCAGAGGUUUGUUGGGUAGGGAACCAUUUUUGGUCAGGGUCCACUAACCCACAGAAUAAUCAGGGGCCACACACAAGCAAAAAUACCCUAACUACUCACCUGCUGUCAACAUGGGAAGCAAAAAACCUCCCACAAAACCCACCAUUCACUCACACUUAACUCUGCAUGCCACACUCCAGCCCCAUGGGAAGUGAGGGCAUUAAGGCUAGGGGAUUCCCUUGCAACAGGGUGAUCUGGCAAUCACACUCCAGGCCUGGGAGUGUAGGCAGGUGCACCAACUCUUGAGGCUUCCAGCUUGAUGAAAUUAAGUCAGGGGCCAGAUUCUGCUUGUGGGUCAUAGGGUUCCCCACCCCUUGUUUAAGUACUAUGUGAGAUAAGAGGUAGAUCUUUGCAUAAUAUUUUACCAUUGUUUAAUCUUGAACAUUUAUUUCCAAUGAUACAAAAUAUAUACAUUUUAGGAAAACUGCUGUAAAACUAAAUGAGUAAGAAUACGAAGCCAUGCUGUAAAUAUUUAAGUGUAUCUUCCAUUUUUUGUAAAUAUUGGUUUAUUUUUUUCUUAAAACAUUGUGCAUGGACUGAGUUUUGUUCACCACCACAAUACAUAAAUACAUAUUAA